UAAAAUGUUUCAAUACCUGAAGUAAUUGAGUUUGUAAAUAUUCGAAUCAAGAACCAACUCUAUAGUAUACGGUCGAUAGAAAAUCUAACAAUGAAGUCAUAAACUUUUUCUCAUUCCAGGACAAUCGUACAGUAGUUGAUAAGUACACCGAGUAUAAAAGUGUGUUGAUUUCCAUUGUGUUUAACGUUAGAAAAUUCAAAACUUUAAUGUAAAAAUGAGUGAAAAAUUUAACCAAGGAGACAGGAAGGAGAGCCGUAGAAGGAUUUCGGCCGUCAUAAAUGCGAGAGAUACUUCAACACAUGAGUCACAAGGCAAAUCACACACUGUCGAAAUCAAAGAUUUGAAGAAAUCUGUAGAAGCUGGAGAAUAUGAUCCGUAUAAUAAUAGAGAAGUUGAGCACCCAACGACGAGCAAAGAAACGUUCCUCCACCUCCUCAAAGGAAGCCUUGGAACCGGGAUUCUUGCCAUGCCUUUGGCAUUUGUCCACUCGGGAUACAUUCUAGGUGUGGUGGCUACUGCUUUGAUAGGAUUUUUAUGUACAUACUGCAUUUAUAUGUUAGUAAGCUGCGAAUAUGAGCUAUGUAAAAGACGAAAAAUUCCUAGUAUGAACUACCAAAUGACAGCAGAAGUGGCAUGUGAAGAAGGGCCUCCAUUUUUUCAAAAAGUCGCUCCAUAUGCACAAGAUAUCGUAAACGUGUUCCUCCUGGUAUACCAGCUGGGUACUGGAACAGUUUACACAUUAUUCAUUGGCGAGAACAUUCAAAUUGUUUUGGAUGACAAUGGUAUAUACAUUGACAAAAGAUGGAUAAUGUCCAUCUUCCUCCUACCCCUGAUUCUCGUAAACUAUGUGAAGAACCUGAAAUACUUAGCUCCAGUUUCGUCUGUUGCAAACGUUAUAACUUUAAUAAGUUUUGGUAUCAUUCUUUACUACAUGAUCCGACAAGAUGUCGUGUGGGAGGAGAGGGAAGCCUUUGGCGAUUACAAGAAUUAUCCGUUGUUUUUUGGAACCGUACUAUUUGCACUUGAAGCUAUCGGUGUGAUCAUGCCUUUGGAAAACGAAAUGAAAACACCAAAGUCGUUUUUGGGCCCCUGUGGAGUUCUCAAUUCGGGAAUGUCAAUUAUAGUGGUUCUCUAUACUGGUAUGGGAUUCUAUGGAUAUUUGGCUUACGGUUCUCAAGUGGGUGGUUCGAUAUCGUACACGAUAGGUAAUGGAAUACCUGCACAAGUUAGCAAAGUGAUGCUUGCUCUGGCCAUAUUCACUUCCCAUCCUCUUCAAAUGUACCCAGCUCUUGGCACUAUCUGGACGCGAUAUGUACGGCCAUUUGUGAAGAAUUAUCCUCAUCAAACCAUCUACGAAUACGUUACUAAAACAUGCGUAGUUUGCUUUUGUUACAAUUUGGCUGUAGCUGUACCUUACAUCGACCUAUUCAUCUCAUUAUUUGGAGCUUUUAGUCUAUCGGCACUUGGAUUGGCUUUUCCUGCAAUCAUCUACACCUGCACUCACUGGUAUUCUCUGCGAGGCGUCAAAGGUUUCUUAAAGAUGACGCAAAAUAUUAUCAUUAUUAUUUUCGCCAUCUUGGGACUCGUCAUAGGUACUUCAACGACUUUGAAGGAUAUAAUUGAAAAAAUUUCGAAUCACAACUCAUCUACGUAAUAUUUCAAGUGAAAUAGUGUUUAGCAUUAAUUUCUAGUGUUUUAUAAUUUUCAAAUGACCACGUUAUGAUGGAAAAUAAUAUAUCAGAAGUU